UGAUUCCACACCACUGUUCUUCGACUGUUCCGUCUGUCGGCAGCUCCGAGGCUCGGGAUUCUAGCUGUUCAACGUAUGCCCUUUUCACCUCUAGAUUCUCCAACCGGUAGUAUCGACACUCGACUUUCUCCUCGCGCCGUUGGACACGCGCAACUCUCAGUCGUAUCUACCCAAGGAAGAGGUGAUGGUCAGAUGGAAUGUCUGCACUUCGUUUGUUACGGGCAUCAAGAAGGCUCCUUCUCCAUUUUCGGCUGAUGCAGAUGUGGUCAAUUUGAUUUUCUGUUCGGCCAUCUCGGGAUACCCAAGUAACCUUAUGUGCUGGUCGAUGGGGGAAGAGCGAUCCACCGAUCACCAUGUUGUUGUUGCCACAACAUUCUACAAACAGCUCUCUGUUUUCGCUCAUCUGUCCUAGACCAUGGCGCCCCAUGAUGCGCUCAAGGUCUUGAUUGUCGGAGCCAAUCUUUGCGUUGAAGUCGCCCAAAUGGAUUUGAAUGUCACCCUUCGGAAUUCUCUCCACCACGCUGUUCAAUUGACUGUAAAACUGCUCUUUCUCCUGCAAAUCAGCAACGUCAGUUGGCGCAUAACACUGGACCAUUGUAAGGUUUCUAACCCGUGUUUUAAAUCUGGCUACGAUUAUUCUUUCGUUGAUCGGUUCCCAUCUAACGAGGGCCGCGUAGGCCUGCGGGCUUAACAGGAAACCAACUCCUCGUUCCCGAGUAGCAUGUUCUCCUUGUAUGCCAGAGUAAAGCAGUACUUGCCCGGACUGUGUCUUGUGUUCUCCAGUGUUAGGCCAACGGACUUCGCUCAGUCCCAGAAUUUCAAGCUUGAGGCGGCUAGCUUCUCUAGCAAGUUGAGCCAGCUUGCCUUGUUGAGCAAGGGUUAAAACAUUCCAAGUUCCAAUUCGUGUCCGUGUUUUCAUGCUAAAAGUCGUCGCCAAAGUUCCAGAUCGGUCAUUUCUUUCGGAUUCCGUAACAAGUUUAUGAAUCGGGAGCAGUAGGUUGUUAGCCUAAAGUCCCUAUCCCGCGAUGGGGCUGCCAUCUUGGACUUAGCUGGCGGGAACCGCAUUUCAUAAGUUCAGCCGCUUGCUUCAAGACAGACGCUGUUUGAGCCGCCCCUGACCUGGAGAACAGACGCGUGCGGCCACCUUCUCAAUCUGCAUGCGACCAAAGCAUCCACCGGGGUUGGGGACCCGAUCUCCGCUUAGGUUACUCGCACCCCAGCCGGCACCACGGGAGGUAGAGAUAGGAGUUGUGAAUAAGAGGUGAUUGACCACUAUGGGGCCUCGUGUUGCACAUUAUCCACCGUUUACCAGGCUUCUGAGUUACGAAUAUAAAACUUCAUUUUCAUUUUAAGGUUUUUAUUGGAAUAGUUUAGUAUCCGAAUAAAGAUUUGUUUUAAUUUUAAGGACUGCAGAAAAUAACAUAUUUGUUUCAAGAAUAAAAUGAUUUUGAUUUGAAAUUCGUUUAUGUGGAAGGGUGUCAUGCACUAUCCCGGUUAGGCGCCUUUUUAAAGAAUAAAGUUGUGUGAUUGAAAUGGAGAAUUUCCUAGAAAGAGUUUCACACACGCCCAAAUUUUAUGACUAAUUUCUAUCCACCAAACAAACAAACAAGGCAAACCGGACGCUUCUGCCUGAUAGUAUAGAGUGGCAUAUGGAAAUUGGAUUUGAUUAGCGGCAGACUGACUGAGCUGCAGAUACAUAUACGGCUGCCAAGCGUCGCGUCCUCAGUUGGAAGGUGUUUUUUAUUCAUCAAUCGUGUUCGUUCAUUCGUUGGGCUAGUAGCUAGUUAGUUAGAUUUAUCAGCGCGUCGUGUCUGGCUGGAUGGAAGCAGAAGUGUGAUUUAAAGUUUGAAAAAAAAAAAUACAAAACAGAAAACACCCAUUACUCCACCCCGUUAUGUCUCGGAUUUGGCAGACAACAAGACAAGUGUGCGCGCUACCAUAACCCAAUAAUAGCGGAAACACGUUGUGAUAAACAAUAAGCGGUAGUUUUCUCUCCGCGGUCGGUUUAAAGCAGAAUCGCACCGAGAUUGGCGAGUGCACUUAUAGUUACUGUGGGUAAACAAUGUCUUUGAGAGACAGAGCUAUUGAUGGAACGUUUGUCUUCGUUGUUUGAAAGUGCUGAAUGAUGAUGUAGUUUUGCCAUUCAUAAGGGUCGUUUGAUUAGGUAGUUGGAAGAAGAAAAAAUCACGUUUUCUCACUGCUGUGAAUCUAUGAAUGAGAUUGUGUGCGGGAGAUGACAUUAACGAGUAACAGACACGACCUAGCCCAUGCUAAAGUGCAGUGUGACCUUAAUUCCAGAUUUUAAAAUAAACCGGCUGUAGGUUGCACGCGUUCGAAAUGCAAAACCCAUGCUAGCGACGACAUUUUUCCACGACGAAACUUCAGCAAACUGACUUAAAAUUAGCAGAACCCGUCUGUCUGUCGUGUUCAGUAUAGAUGCAGUGAAGCGAACAACUCAUAUCUUCUAACAAGACUUGCACCAACAAGAAGAAGGAGGUGCCACCGAAAAAGUACCGGAUCCGGCUAGCUAGUCACUGACUAGAUUGACUAACUGAAAUCACGUUUCCCUGGUCGAGAAAACCCCGGAGGGUUAUGGCCGAGUCCAAAUUCAGCGACGUGGACGAGUACGGCUUUCGCCGGGAGCCGGACUUCGACUACAAAUCGUACGAGAGCAUCAUGAAUACCUACAUGCAGGUGCUGACGACUCGGGGCAUGAAGUGGCAAAAGUUCAACAAGGACGGCGACAUCUUAAAGGACCGCGGCAAGCUGAAGCGCUUCGUACGCAAAGGCGUCCCCUUAUCGCUGCGCAAGGAAGUUUGGAUGAAAACUUCCGGUGCCUUCCAGUUGCAGCAGAAGGAACCGGCCCUAUACCAGACCCUGCUGCGGUACGAGUACGAUCAGGAAAUUUCGGACCAAAUAAAAAUCGAUCUUCCGAGAACGUUUCCGGACAACAUUCACUUCGAACAGUACAAAUUGGGCCUGUACAAUGUGCUCAUUACGUAUGCACAUCACAACAAAACUGUCGGAUACUGCCAGGGCCUGAAUUACAUUGCCGGUCUCAUUUUAAUUGUGACGCAAAAUGAAGAGUCGACCUUCUGGCUGCUCAAAGUGCUGGUGGAGGAAAUCGUUCCGCUGUACCACACCAAAAAGAUGGAAAAUUUAAUCACCGAUAUCGAUGUGCUGAGUGAAUUGGUGAGAGUACGCGUACCUGAUGUGCAUGCACAUAUCGAAAAAUUAGGUCUCCCGUGGCCGGUGAUCGCCACCAAGUGGUUCAUUUGCCUGUACGCCGAGGUGGUCCCAACGGAAACGGCCCUCCGGAUAUGGGACUGCAUCUUCCUGGAGGGAAACAAAAUUCUGCUGCGGGUCGGCAUCAGCAUCGUGGUCGGUCUGCGGAGGGAAAUUCUGGCUACCGAUGAUAUUGCUCCCUUGAUCGGUCUGUUUCGGGGUAUGGAGAAAAACACUACCCUCAUGGACUGUCACCGGUUUAUGAAGAGCAUUUUCAAGAUUCCCGGUUCGCUGAAGCGACGCCAGAUUGAUGCAUUGAGGAGGCAGCUGCUAGAACAGAGAAGGUCCAGCAAACGAAAAGGUUCCUAGGGGUUGGAGGACUAUAUCCUCAAGAGAUAUAGACUGAAUAUAGUGGAAACAAAGCAGUAGAAUGCACUAGCUUGGUUGUAAAGUUUUUUUUUUAACAUUGAUAUUAAGUUUUUCAAAGUGCCCAAUACUGUGAUCAUCGCAUGAUAUUUCGUAUCCUUGAAAAAAACAGCAUUUACGCCGCUUGCGUUCAACGUGGAAGAUGAUAGCAUCUCUUCUCGUCGUUUAGCAUUAGGUUCAAGUCAUCCGACUUAGUUCAAAUAAAUCGUUUAAUUAAUUAGACUCGAUAGCAUUAGGUAUACUGCAAAGCUGUAUCUGAAUCAAAUGUAAGCAGAUGGGUGGCUAAUUAUAAAAUUGAUUCCCCCGAAAACGGCUUUUCUUUAUUUGGUACCGCGCAAAAUCUGCUUGGGGUAGUAUUUGUAUGGAGCAUAAUUAUGUAAAUAUUGAAAACGGGAAUGUUUCGUCGUGACAUUCGAAGACUUUUGUCGCGGUACGCUUAAAGCGAAAGAAUUCGCAUCAAUCUGAGGCCUAAUUAGAAAAUCGCCCGUGCGAGUGAGGAGGAGGGUGGGAGUUUUUGACUUCCUGUAUCAUUGACGGUGUAGCUUCGCAGGGAAGGAUUAACAUUCGAAAUGAGUUUUGUAAGCUUUCCACAUUUUCUGGCAGCUUCUGUUAGUCUUGCUUUUCGACAUCUGUCACUAAAUCAAAACUUAGGAUUUUCAAUCUCAGGUUUGAUUCCAGUAAAAUUGGCUUAACUGGAAUUGAAUUUGGGGCUGAAAAUCCUAAGUUUAGACAAAAAUGUAGAACAAAGCGGUCUUGAAUUUAGAAAACAUGUUUUCGAAAAUGUUAAAAUAUUUUCAGUCUUGAACACAUCUUGAAAAGAUGUUCUAUAUCUUCAUCAGAUGUUUCGGCAUUUGAACAAUAAAACAUCGUUGAAAGAUUGUUUCAAGACUGAAGCACUGAAACUGAAACCGACUGACUUAUUCGGUAAACUUUUCUGUUUUCGAAAAUUUGAAUAAAAAAUAAUAAAAUACAAAUGAUAAAUAGAAGCUCAAAUCUAAGUCUUGCAAAAACUUUCCUCGAAUGCUAAAAUAGAAAAAUUUACCAGGUCUACUAGGCACUAAUUAAUAUAUAGGCACGUACAGUUUCUUCUCAAGUUCAGUGAACCAACUAUCCAUUAUAUCCUCAGAGUAAAAAUAAAAUAAAUUGUACUGACUUUCAGGAAAUCUGUUGUGACACAGUAAAAAGUCUGGUUCAAUAUAAAUCUGAACAUCAUGUACAGUUUUGUUCGAAAAAUACAAAACUUUUUUAACUUAUGGUCUAAUUCAUAUAAUUCACACACGUCAUUUCGUUGAAAGAAAGCAAAUUCAGUUUUGUUGGAAUUACGUCUCGAAAUUUUUUCAAACUCCAUUACGUGAAUGUCCUUCACGAACGCUGUUGGCAAUAGUUUUUACCACUGAAUAAACAGAAAUUUUCUACAUGCAGCUAAUCAAUUUUCGAUUGAGAAGUCCGUACGACUUAGAAGGUGCGACAAAAGUCUUAAUUCUAAAUGAAAUAUUCUCUAAAACGUAGAAUUUGUUUUCAAUGCAGAAUUUCCGAUUUUUUUUUAUAAAAUUGGGUUUUCAGAUUUAUUUUGAGCCAGGAGGCAUUAAAAAUAAAUAAGUAGGUAGUAGUAACGUUGUAGAAGCCUUGAUUAAACUAAAUGAAAUAAAUUAAAAAUGUAUACAAAAUUAUUCGAUUCAAAGAAGUAAGCGGGAAACCUCCUAAAAUAAUCAUAUUUUAAAUGUCAGUCAGCUAGGACAAUAAUAGGAAAAGCUUCGAUCGAUUGUGAAUGUAUAGUAUAAAUAUGUAGAACAUUGGGAGCAAGCGUUAAAUAUUGUGAUGCGAAAUAAAUGACAUGUGCCUGAAGGAGCGCAGAUGAAUUA